AUGGCUUGGGGGAUAACAAAGAAAAUCACGUCUGCUGUAAAGAAGUUGGCAAAAGGGAAGGCAACUACUGCAUCGGCAUCAGCCCUGAUGGCACAGCGAGAGGAAGCACGGCAGACAUUACUAAAGGCCAAGGGCAUGCGGUCGCAGUAUGAUGGUCAUCUGGUGCAGGGCUGCCGGUUCCUUGCAGACAUGGUCAAGCAGAAGAAGACUGCUCAUACAGAUGGUACUCACACCCAGGCCAAUGGCGAACUCGUCGACAUUGAUGCCUAUAGCCAUGCAUUCAACAACACUCCCAACAGAUACUCUGCAUCCAUGCUCGAACUCUUUCUUGUCCAGAAGGGUUUGAUGGAGGCGCGAAGUCUCAGCACAAUGUGGGAAGAACUCCCAAGGGAAGACCUACCAAGGGCCGUACCACUUCAAUUCAGCGACCGGGUAGUCACCGGAAACCCAGCUCAGUCUGCGGCCAUGCAAGACAUGAUGGAAGUUUUGAAGAACAAUGAGGGAGCAGAAGGUGGCAGCAGGAACCAUGCAUCUGCCAUGACAAUUGAGGACAUGUGGAAGUCAGCUCUUGAUAUGGACAAUGUAAUUUUAGCCCAGAAGCACCUCGUAAUCCGUGCGUUCGCAACCACAGGCUUUAUGAUUUGGACACGAUGCAUCCAUCAGCGUGGAAGUGCAAAGACUAAUUAUAUUGGCCACCUAAUCCCCCACAGAAAUGUCAAGCUUACGAAAAUCAGACGAAAGGACAUUGUUUGGAAUUGCCAGGGACGCCCGCCAUAUGACAUCCCUUAUGACUUAGUGAGCCUGCUCAACCACAAAGGCUGGCAGCGAAAAGGCGAGACUGAUGGUGCCUUAGAUGGUCAUGAGUACGAGAUCUACCCUCAACAACAGACACCUGAGAUCUGCAUGUUCACACAUCUGCGAGCCUGGGUAAAUUUCUUGGAGAAGGUCCUUCUCCGGUGGCCAUUGGAGCCUGAUGAAUUCAUCUUCGCGCGAGUGGGUGCAAACAGUGUGGUCUAUGCCUCCAACGAGCUGUCGUAUGAUGGUGUGAUGAAGAUGCUCGCCUGGAUGUGCAAGGAGGUAGGGCUGACAGCUAGGUACACCACCCACUGCUUUCAGCGAGGUGGUGCAAGGUACCAGUUCAUGUUCACACCUCUGGGACAGCGCUGGUCACUUGCUACCAUUCGGUGGUGGGGUGCGUGGGCCGAAGGCAAAAGUGUUGAUACUCUGAUACGGGAUGCAUUGUGCCCCAUCCCUCGGGAAGCUGACAAGAGUUUCAAUGGUGACCACAUCUUGACAGCACCUGUGACGGCAGCGGAAACACAGGAACUCAAGAUGUCAUUCAAUCACGAGCUGAAUCGGCUGUCCGACAAAGUCAAGGAGGUACUAGACAAACUGACCCUUGUUCCGGCGGUGCCCUUGCCAUCACCACCACCUUCCCAACUUGCUCGGUGCUCUGUUUCGAACUCUGUCCCCUCCUCAUCAUCUCCACUAUGUGACCAGUCCAACCUAGUACAGCCAACACCGUUUUGUGAGCCUGAGGCCUUGCAUGCACCUUCCUCGGGAAGCUGUGUCUCACCAUUUAUGACACCCGACUCAUUUCCUAUCGACUCGAAUUCUUCUUCUGCAGCCUUGCCUCCCAUUGUCCCGACAUCAGCUGCAUGUCUCCACAACACUCACAGGCAUGGUGCCUCAACAAAAAAAGCCACUCCUAUUCCUGGCGUCAGGAUUCCGGACCUGCCACGUGGACUCAAGGCAUGGUGUGCUGCCGUAAAGCAGUGGGAAGACCCCGUGGCAUCUAUCGGAGGCAAGGCCCUGAAGGAUUGGCCAGAGGAGUGGUACACCGGUCCCAUGCGCACAAUCACUGGCGUGAAGCGGAACAUCCGCAAGGUGAUUGGCAAUGGAGUUCUACCGCAGGACGAGGGAGUAUUUCUGAAGACAUACCCUGAGGCAACCCGUGGUGUCAAGCUGCUUUUUGAUGCAAUCCAGUGCCAACGCAAGGGACGUGGUGAAAUCACCGGAUGA